UGCCGCUUUAUCGGCAACAUUCCAUUCCUACGCGCCGCAGUACCGAAUCCCGCGUUCACUAUUCCGGAUGCACAGUUCCGUAACGUUAUUGUUAUUUGGCGUACCAAAAAAAAACAGUGAACAAAAGUGACCAAUUGCAUCAACAAACCAAAAACAAAACAAACAUACGUGCAACGUGGUCGGUGCGCGUCAGCUGAUCCGGUGCAGGGACGGUAUGUGUGUGCGUGCGCCAUUUGUGACCAUUGAAUACCUAUGACAUGCGUUAUCAGCACCGAAAAGGUGAGCUCAACAUAGAAUAAAAACACACCUGAAGAAUGUGAUUGUGGCUGUGUUCGAUGGCGGGUAGUUGUUGUGUUUGUGUACCACGCGUAGAUGCACGAGGACAGACAGGUGUGGAGAAACAGUUUCAAAUGUGAAAUUUAAAUGAUGCACUUUACUGUUGCUUUUAAAAUAGAAUAAAAAACUUGAAAAAUAGUACGAAUUGUACAGUGAUUUAGAAAUAGAAUAGUGAGCGAAAUCGGCUUCAGUGUUAUUUAUUGUACAUUAAAUUUUAAUGUGUAUUGAUUGUUAAAAAUAGACCGAAAUCAAUUCCCGGUUCAAGCCACGAUACAGAACAUUCAAUAUCCUCUAUCAUCGAUUAUGUAGUUGGAUUUGUUCGAAUGCACCAAUACACCAUUGUAAGGCCGCAACGCGCUCCGCUAUCAGUCACCAGUGGCAGUCACAACGCACUGGUCACAUACGAACCACGCCGCUAUCGGAUCAGAGAAGCAUUGACUGCCAAAAGAAAAACAGGCAAAGAAAUAAAGCUCGAAGAACCCACGGUGACGAUAACGUGCGCGCCCCCCCGAAGUAACUCCCUGGUAGUAAUCAAGCGUACAAUUGUGCCUCAGUCUUGCAUUAGCCCUGGACCGGAACAGGGCAAAGCCAACUAUACAGGCCGCGAAUGUGAUCCCGAUCGGGACCGACAAGUGACUUUUUGUUUUUGAAGCCACGAUCACCUUCACGUACACGAUCACCAUUGCUUCUCGCACAGACAAGCGAUAGUAUGACGCUCAGGAAGAAUCGCUGGUUGGUUUUGGCCCAAUUUGCAACGCUGUUACUCACCGUGUCGCAGCUGCCCAGGUCGGAGGCAUCGUACGAAUAUGAUGACUACACGCAGGAGGGAACCAUCGAGGAUAUCGUACCGUUCGCACGAUCCACACCGGAAAGCAAAAGUUACGUGGUGUCCGUUGUAGAAUUUCAUCCCGAACCAAUGACGAUGCCAAUUGCAGAGCGGACCAACCUUCAUCUGGCAGAGUACAGCCGUCUAAUACGAUCACCGGAAGCGAAGCCCGCCGAUAUUAUAGUGUUCCCAGAGCUGACGCUUAACUCCCUCUCAGACACAGUAUUCGUGCCCGAUCCAGCGCAUCAUAUUGCACCAUGUGAUGAUCACGGUACCAUUCUAGUCACGCUGUCCUGUCUCGCACGGGAAGUCCGUAAAUAUCUGGUGAUCAAUCUGUCGGAACAGUUUUACCUACAGCAGCAGGGUAUAACCGUGCUGUACAACACGGACGUCGUGUUCGAUCGCAACGGCACAGUUAUAGCGCGGUACCGCAAGUACAAUCUGUUCAAGGAGCCGGGUACGAGCGUAACGUCACUUCCGGAGCUGGUUAGCUUUGAGACGGAUUUUGGGGUACAUUUUGGUGUGUUCACCUGCUUCGACAUUCUGUUUGCGAAGCCAACGCUGGAGCUCAUUAAGCACGGCUUGCGAGACUUUGUGUUUCCCGCCUUUUGGACAUCAGAGCCACCAUUUCUUACCUCGACUCAGAUCUUCGAAAGCUGGGCGUAUGCGAACGAUGCUAAUCUCAUCGUUGCCGGGACGAACUAUGGUCCAUCUGGUGCGACCGGGACCGGUGUGUUUAAUGGUCGCAACGGUGCACUGUUGACGCACUAUACGGGACAGUCUACCCGUGCACUGUACACGGUUACUGUGCCUAAGUCAAGCUCAGGCAAUACUGCACAAUAUCACUCCCUGACAAGCGAUGUCCUGGAGGUGCCGAUAGCGGAACCGAGUAGUCAUCGAUUACCGGGCUAUGAAUAUGAAAACGUCCGUUUGGGUCGAGACUUUCUGGAGCAGUUCACCACAAUCCAGCUGAAUCCGAUCUGGGAACAGGAAACGAUUGGUCAGAUCGUGUGCAGUGGAAUGUUUUGCUGUGACUUUACUGUUAGCUUAACGUUGGAUGAAGGGCGCGAACAAACACACUACUACCGGUUUGCGGUGUUCGAUGGCGUACGUACCUUCCAGGGAUUUGCUGACGCACACGUAUCAAUAUGUGGUGUUAUUGCAUGUGCGAAUCAAAGUAUUGCGAGCUGUGGACUAAUGUUGGAACGCAACUCGGAGUAUGUCCAAUUCAACUCCAUCUCCAUUUCGGGACAGUUUAUUGCUAAUGGUACACUGGCAAUGCCCAGUACACUCGACAUGCGCAUGUACUCCUAUGAUGCUAGUCACUAUGGCUUUACGGCCGAUGUCAACUAUUCUACUAACAGCCAGAUAGUGACGAUGAACUUAACCACCCCGAUCAGCGACAUGCAAACGUUUGGGAUCUAUGCGUUCAACCACAAGGAGUUUGAGUUCUACAACCCGAUUGCACUGGCCGGAGAUGGCCCGGACGAAGAUGACGACGGUGGCGCUACCACGGGUGCAGAAAUCUCGGUAACUGCCCUUCUGCUAGCCGGAACACUACUGACAUUCUGGCAUUGGAUUAUAUCCAAGAAGCUGGUAUACGUUUAACACCAAUGUGGCUGUAUGCCAAAAACCAUUUUCCCCUGCAACAUCAAAGUUCCUGUACAGUAUUUUCGGCCAAGCCUUCGAACUCCAAGCACAUUCAGCUUGAUGAUAACAUACUGUGCCAUCGCAUUCGUUAGUAAUUAGUAUAUGUACAACUACGGAAAGCAAACUACAUGUAAAGCAAGUACCAAAAACCUUGUUCGAAGAGAAGUACGAUAAGAAUGUGAAAGGCACCCAUUUUUAGGAAGAAAUUUUUGUGAUAACUAUCUACGUUGAAGAUGUAUGUUUAAUAUCUAGGAUAAGUAUAUCAGAUAUGGACCAUCUCAUUGUACAUCAGUGUUUUGUUUUCGUAAACAAUCGCUAUUGGCUGGAUUAAUUUGCUUUGAUACUUACUCGCUUGUUAGGUAUCCAUAUUCAGACAAUCAAUUUGGAACAAUGCCAUUUAAUUGAUUUCAAAUGUUACGGGCAAAAUAAAUACUAAUUGUACAUAGAACAUUAAAGAAAAGGAACUGCAAAGUAA